CAAAUAACGUAACGAGUGUUGCUGUCAAACUAAACGCCAUUCAUCAUUGAUAAAUUGUCAUUUAAAAGUCACUACACAAACACGGGUCAGUAAGUCAAUGAACGUCAGUCUGUUGUUUAGGGUGUAGAGUUCAGAAUAAAAUUGCAAUUUUACAGCCAUAUACUUUUGAUAAGCGUUAUAAAAGUACAAGAAAAGAUAACGUAACAGUGUGACCUUAUGCUAAACAAGAAAAUAGCACAAGAUGCUUGUUAAUUAAAAUAUUAGAUUACAUGGCGGAUAAGAAGGUAACUCCUGCGCCUAAGAAUUUCGAUCCUGAACCGGAGAAGACUCCCCCAGAUGGGGGCAUCAGGGCCUGGGUGAUCGUGGUUGCAUCGUUCCUGGUAAAUGGCAUCCUUUUCGGUGUGAUAAAUUCGUAUAGUGUCAUCUAUACGGUAUUUGAAAAGUAUCUUCGAGAUCAUGGAGUUCCUAACUCAGAGAGCAAAGCUGCUUUGGUGGGAUCUCUAUCCAUGGGUUUCACAUUUUUCAUGUCCAUUGCAUCUGGGAUACUGUCGCGGCUCUUAGGACUUCGCAAGACGGCAGUGUUAGGCGGGGUGAUCGCUUGCACCGGUUUGAUUAUCUCAUCAUUCAAUGAGUACAAUUACAUCGUUCUCAGUUUUACAUACGGUUUGAUGUAUGGGUCAGGAUCGUCCUUGGCUUACACGCCUUCCUUAGCCAUUCUAGGUCAUUAUUUCAAAAAAUAUUUGGGUUUGGUGAAUGGCAUUGCAACUGUAGGUAGUUCCGUAUUCACCGUUAUUAUGCCACCACUAAUGGAAUAUAUGAUUACGCAUCAUGGACUCAGGUGGCUGUUCAGAGUUUUGGUUCUUUUUAAUGUUGUCACAUUACUUUGCGGGUUUUUAUUUAAACCUUUAUUCGGUGAGGAAAAACCAACCACAACGGAUCGUUCCUGUAAAACUUUGUUAAGUACUAUGGUAAAUGUGGAUAUGUGGAAGAUUAGGAAAUAUAGAUUUUGGGCGUUGCCUAUGCCCAUUUGUUUGUUUGGCUAUUUUGUAUCAUUUGUCCAUAUAAAAAGGUUUAUUGAGAUUAAUUUUGAUGACUCCGUCAGUAAAAAUCUACCUUUGCAGUGUAUCGCUUUCAUGUCUGGUGUAGGAAGGUUAUUGUUUGGCUUCCUAUCCGAUUCACCACGAUUAAAUAAGAUUUAUUUACAGCAAAUAUCAUUUUACGUGAUUGGUUGCUCAACUAUAUUUAUGCCGUUCAUAAAGAAAUUUUGGCUAUUGGUAGCUACAGCGUUGUUAAUUGGCUUGUUUGACGGUUGUUUUAUCUCAUUGAUGGGGCCUAUAGCGAUAGAGAUAUGUGGGCCUGCGUAUGCCGCGCAAGCUAUUGGUUUCAUGUUAGGAAUUUGUGCACCUAUGCUGUCUGUGGGCCCUACAUUGGCCGGAUACGUUUUCAGUAUUACUAAAUCCUACACAAUCCCUUUUAUCUGCGCUGGUAUAUGCCCGAUAGUGGGAUCAACUCUAAUGUUUUGUAUUCAUACAAAACCUACCCCGCCCCGAACAUCCUGAUCUAAAAAUGAGGGUAAGUUUAACUGAUCAACGAUAAAUAAUAUGAUUUCAAAUGUUUGUAGCUGUACUAAUAUGAGUAGGUAAAGUUGCAACUGCAA